CCCACACCCAAAAGAAUGAAGACGCGACAGAACAAGGACUCAAUGUCAAUGCGGAGUGGACGGAAGAAAGAGACUCCGGGGCCCCGAGAGGAGCUCAGGUCACGGGGUCGAGCUUCCCCUGGUGGCGUCAGCACGUCCAGCAGUGAUGGCAAGGCUGAGAAAUCCCGACAAGCAACAAAGAAAGGCCGGUUGGAAGAAUCCUGCACCCCCAAGAGCAGCAAGCAGGGCCGAACAGAAGAGAUCUCAGAGAGUGAAGGGGAGGACACCAAUGCUCCCAAAAAAACCAAAACUGAGGAGUUGCCCUGUCCUCCAUCCCCAUCCGAUGUUGACAGCCUUGAUGGCCACAGCUUCAAUGAUGAGAUGAGCAGCGACCCACGGGACAUUGACCAGGAUAACAGGAGCACCUCGCCCAGUGUCUACAGCCCUGGGAGUGUGGAGAACGACUCCGACUCCUCUUCUGUGCUGUCCCAGGGGCCGUCUCACCCCUACCACCACCCGCCUCUGUUCCCCGAGAGCCCGCCGGUAGCUCCCCCUCCCGACAGCCUGGCCCGUCCACCAGAGCCCGGCUUUGGGCUCCCGGGCGAGGUGCACCCCCAGGGACCCCCCGCAGGAAGUUACCAUUCCCAGCUGGAGGGACAGCCCUCACGCAUCUUCCAGGCUCAAGCCCCACAGACACCUGCCUCCUCCUCCUCCUCCUCCACCUCCUCCUCCUCCUCCUCUUCCUCCUCCUCUGCUGCUGCCGCCCCUUCUGCUCCCCCUUCCUCCUCCUCGUCCUCUUCCUCCUCUUCCUCUUCCUCCCACACUCCCCUUUAUCCUACGGCCAAUGUGGUCCAGGUUGGGGCCAAAAUUGCCAGUGGAGUGGGGGGGCUCCCAGCACCGGGGGCUCGCGAGCAGACCCUCAGCGCCAAGCACAAUCCACCCCCUACCACCCCAAUCUCCCUGGCAUCAGUAGGAGGAGGGCUGCCACCUCAGAAGACGCCCCCAGCCAACCCCCCAGCUGCCCCCCCGGCCUCGCAGCCCCUGCCCAGCUACAGUGCUUCCUACGGGCACUCCUUCCCCCCGCCCAGCAGCCUCUCUGUCUCCAGCCAGCCCCCCAAGUACACCCAGCCCUCCCUGCCCUCGCAGCCCGUCUGGAGCCAGGGGCCUCCUCCUUACAGCCGCCCCCUGGGCAAUGCUGGCUCCCACCCCACUGCCCCUUUCCCUGGCCAGUCCCCCCAUCACCAGCAGCCUCCCCAGCAGCACCACCACGGUCACGGGAGCAGCGGGGGCAUCUCCCCAGCAGCCACAGCGCCUCCCCAGCCCCCCGGGGGCUACCCCCACGGCCUGGAGUCCAACAGCCAUCACCCUUCCCAUCCCACCUACGGGCUGCGCCUCUACCCUCCACACAGCCAGGCCGCCUACAGCCAGGCUCCCUCCGCCACUGCGGCUGCUGCCCCCUCUUCCUCCUCCUCCUCAUCCUCGUCCUCUUCCUCUUCCUCAUCCUCCUCUGCUGCCUCUUCCCAGGGAAGCUACGCCAGCAUGUGCACACACCCACCAGGGCAGAGUCCUGCCACCUACACCUUCCCCCCACCACCACCCCCCUCCCCUGCUCAUGGGGCUGGCCCUCCAGUCACCUCUGCUGCCACCACCCUCUCCACCGUCAUUGCCACCAUGGCCUCGCCCUCUGCAGCCCCCUACAAGACGGUCUCGCCCCCGGUACCCCCAUCAGCUGUGGCCCCCUAUGGGAAACGGGCGGCCUCCCCUGUCCCCACCUUCCAGCCCCCGGCCCCCUACAAGCCGGGCUCGCCCCCCACUUCCUCGGCUGCCCCUUUCCGUGCAGCCACCCCUCCUGGCUACCGGGUGGCCUCUUCCCCUGUGGCGGGGGGCUACAAAGCCCCCUCGCCUGCCCCCUCUGCCCCACCACCCUUGCCAGGGAGCAUGGCUGCCCCGGCUCCGCCGCCGCCCCCGCUCCCCCUCAGCGCUGCUCAGAUCAAGCAGGAGCCGUCGGAGGAGUACGAGCCCCCGGAGAGCCCCGUGCCACCUGCUCGCAGCCCCUCGCCGCCCCCCAAGGUGGUGGAUGUGCCCAGCCACGCCAGCCAGUCCGCCAGAUUCAACAAACACCUGGACCGUGGCUUCAACUCCUGCUCCCGCACAGACCUGUACUUUGUGCCCCUUGAUGGCUCCAAGCUGGCCAAGAAAAGAGCAGACUUGGUGGAGAAAGUGCGUCGAGAGGCUGAGCAGAAGGCCCGUGAAGAGAAGGAGCGGGAACGGGAACGUGAGCGGGAGAAGGAGCGGGAGCGGGAGAAGGAACGGGAGCUGGAGAGGAGUGUGAAGAUGGCCCAGGAGGGCCGUCCGGUCGAGUGCUCGUCCCUCGGGCCGGUUCCCCACCGCCCCUCCUUCGAGCAGGGCAGUGCUGUAGCGACUGUUCCCCCGUACCUGGGCCCUGACACCCCGGCUCUGCGCACCCUUAGCGAGUACGCCCGGCCCCACGUCAUGUCCCCCAGCAACCGCAACCACCCUUUCUACGUGCCCCUGGGCGCCGUCGACCCGGGCCUGCUGGGCUACAACGUGCCAGCCAUCUACAGCAGCGAUCCGGCCACGCGGGAGCGGGAGCUGCGGGAGCGGGAGGCCCGCGAGCGAGACCUGAGGGACCGGGACCUGCGGGAGCGUCUCAAGCCUGGCUUUGAAGUCAAACCGGCCGAGUUGGAGCAGCUCCAUGCCGUGCCAGCUGCUGCCAUGGAUCCGUUCCCACGCCACGGCGGGCUGAGUCUGCAGACGGCCCCCGGCCUUCAUCCCGCUUUUCCCUUCCACCCAGGGCUGGGCCACUUGGAGCGGGAGAGGCUGGCGCUGGCAGCCGGCCCGACCCUUCGUCCCGACAUGUCCUACGCCGAGCGCUUGGCGGCCGAACGCCAGCACGCCGAGCGGGUGGCUGCUCUCAGCAAUGACCCUCUGGCCCGGCUGCAGAUGCUCAAUGUGACACCUCAUCAUCAUCAGCAUUCCCACAUCCACUCCCAUCUCCACCUCCACCAGCAGGAUGCCAUACACGCAGCCUCGGCCUCCGUUCACCCUCUAAUCGACCCCCUCGCCUCGGGAUCACACCUUACCCGGAUACCAUACCCAGCUGGAACCAUCCCCAACCCUCUGCUGCCUCACCCUCUCCAUGAGAAUGAAGUGCUGCGCCACCAGCUCUUUGCCGCCCCCUACAGGGACCUGCCGGGCUCCCUGUCGGCGCCCAUGUCGGCGGCGCACCAGCUGCAGGCCAUGCACGCGCAGUCGGCCGAGCUGCAGCGCCUGGCUCUGGAGCAGCAGCAGUGGCUGCACGCCCACCACCCUCUGCACGGCGUGCCGCUCCCCACGCAGGAGGACUACUACAGCCACCUGAAGAAGGAAAGUGACAAACCCCUUUAAAUGGACUUCUACUGUCAGUGUGACAUUAUCAUGUCUUUCUCUCAAGAGGAGAAAUCAAUCAAUCAACCAAAUCCUGGGGGAGGGGAAGCUGCAAAGUGACACAUCCUUAUCCCACCAUGCAGUAAAGUACAAGAGAAGAUGACAAAACGUAUGGGAUGGCAUCCUGGGAAAAGCAGAGGAAAGAAAAUGGGGAAGGACUGAAACAACACUAAUGGACCUGAAGCGAUCGGUACGUGAUUUCAGCUGAGCUCUGAAGAAAAGAGAAUCGGCAUUGCAGAGCUCAGAAAGACAAAGACUGACGUGAAUUCAGGGUGGCAUCAGCUCCAUCCUUUGUUUUGGGGGAACAGUUGCAUUAAAUAAAAAGUGCAGAGCAUUGCAGGACUUCAUGUGCAGGACGCUCCUGCCUUUUCAGCUUCUGCAAGGAGGAGGUGCAGCCAAGAAAUAACUGCAAACCCAGAAGAGCCUUUUUUCAAGAUGCCUCCUCGACGCCCCACCCCCCCUUUAGGUGUAAGAUACUGCUUAUCGAUACAGAAAAGCAACAUGGAACUUUUUCAGAUUAGCCAGAGCAGCUUCCCAUUCUCCCAACAUCCCUUCAGAUGCAAACAAAGUGUUCCAGGCCUCUUCCUGAGCGGCCUCUCCUGCUUGUGGAGGGUCUGGUCCCAGCCAUCAGGGUGCAAAGCACCGCAGGACUGUUUGCAGGACGGUGGCUGUGCUUUCCCCAGCUGAUGGGAACGGGCACAGCCAUGAGGUGCGAAGCACCAGCAGACUGUUUUGGAGACUGCCAUCACCACCCUGACCCUCUGAGCCCCGUGGGGAGAGCCGGCGUGGCCGAGCGGUAGCACUGCGUCCCGGGACUGUCUGUGAGAUGGUGGCUGCCCCUUUCCCCUCACCCAUCCUAAUUGAUGUACUUUAACUCAUGCACAUCCUAUUAGACGUGGCAGUUUUAUGUAGCAACUUGUGACUCCCUUGCCCCUGCGUGCGUGUUCUGAUUUCACAGUUGUAUCUCUCGAUUGGU